ACACAUAAAGCCGCUGGCGAACUCACGCAGCCGUUCAGUUGCAACGCACGUAAGUAGCGAGGCGGAGCUUAUCAAAGCCGCGUACGAAUUUCGGUAAAAAUACGCAGAGUUUUUGCAAAAAAAAAUAAAAAAUAUUCAUGAAAAUAUAGUAAAACAAUACAAAGGGACGAAAGAAGAAGAGACGAACAAUAUUUAUGAUAUUAUAGCAAAAGAAUACGGAGGGACGAAAGAAGCUCAAUGGCCGCAAAAGUGAGUUGCUGUGUGGUUGGCGCCGGUGCUGCCGGACUCUGCGCGCUCAAGUACGCGCUCGAAUAUGGCAUGGAGGCGGUGGCGUAUGAGAAAUAUCACGAAAUCGGCGGCACCUGGGUGUGCACGGAGCACGCGGCGGACGGCUGCGCCACGGCGGAAGAUGUGCACAGCAGCAUGUAUGAUGGUUUGCGAACCAAUUUGCCAAAGGAAGUAAUGGACUUUCCGGACUUCAAAUUCCCAACAAAUAUGCGUGAGUCUUACAUAUUGGCCAGUGACGUGCUGAAAUACUUUCAAUCGUACGCCGCACACUUCAAACUACUACCUCAUAUCAAGUUAAGACAGGAAGUGGUACGCGUGCGGCCAUUGCAUGGCAAGUGGGAGGUGUUAACGCUGGAUUUACAAAGCAACAUCUACACGACGCAACAAUUUGACUACAUUUUCAUAUGCAACGGACGCUAUGCGACGCCCUCUUAUCCGAACACGCCGGGCAUUGAUCUUUUUAAAGGCCAUAAAAUUCACAGUCAUGUCUUUCGCAGAGCAGAGACAUUCAAAGAUGCCACCGUGCUUAUGGUAGGCGCAGGCCGCAGCGGUAUGGAUAUCACCCACCACAUUUACCCCUACGCCGAACGCAUUUACCUAAGUCAUCAUCUGCAACAAAAGCCGCCAAUCACCGAUUUUAUGCCGAAUGUUGUGCAGAAGCCGGUUGUCGAACGCUACACGGAGAACGGCGCCAUCUUUAAGGACGGCACGCAAGCCAACUUUACGCACAUCGUCUUCUGUACAGGCUAUGACCUGACGAUACCCUUCCUCAGCGCCGAUUGCAACCUGCAAGUGCACGACAAUUUGGUAUACCCGCUCUACAAGCACUGCAUCAAUAUCUACCAUCCCACCAUGUGUUUCAUUGGUCUGCCGAUUUAUGCCUAUCCGAUACAAUUGUUCGACUUGCAAAUGCGUUUUGUAAUGCAAUACUAUAGUGGAAAACUGCAACUGCCAAGUGCGGAGGAUAUGCUGGCCGAUACGGAGCGUGAUUUAGCUGAGCGCAGGGAACGUGGCCUGCCGCGCAGGAAGGCGCAUUUAGUGGGCGAGCGACAGUUCGAUUAUUAUGAUGAGCUGGUGGCAUUGACGGGAAUCGAUAAUAUUAGACCAGUGGUCAAAAAGCUUUCGAAAAUCUGUGGUGGCAAGUUUCUUUACGAUUUACAAAACUACCGAAAAACGGCAUUUAAGGUGAUAGACAACGAGAAUUUUGUACAAUUUAAAUUAGGCGAAGUGUAAAAGUAGUACUUUACUUUAAAUAAAGAAGCAACAAAAAUCACAAAA